AUGCAUAAGCAUGACAAAGCAGUCGUGAGGAAGGCUUCACAGUUACCACUGGCUCUGAGAUCACUUCCGCCGGAAGUUGGUUUGUGUACCUCCACUAUCCCCGGGCAGGAAUGUGGUAUUUGCGCCAAGCGAAAGAUUCCUGUUGGUGCGUGGAUUGGCCCUUACGAAGGAAAAUUUUUGAAGCCGAAAGAGCUGUCUUCAACAACCGACACAUCAUAUAUGUGGGAGGUAUGUUCACGAAAGAGUGGUUAUUUCAGUAUUUUGCAAAAAAAAAGUUUAUUUUGAGAUGCGACUGUUCAGUUACAAAUUAAAGAGGUCGAUAAAAUGUGACAAGCGCAAAGGGUGGACUAUUUAACGAGCAGUAGGAGAGUUCGUCAUCUAUCACAACAAAGCCGUAGAAUUUUAAUAGCAUAUUGUAUAAAUUUAUUUUUGUUUGGUGUACACUACCCUCUCUACCAGCAGAGCCUCUCUUUCGUAAUCGAGAAAGACUCCGCUUAAAUCUUUUUUGAGCUUGCGCUGAAUCUUGCUACUGUACAGUUUCCAACCCAGGCCUAAUAGCCGUGCGCUUGGUACAGCGGGCUUAGUUAUGAACAUAGGGUUACCAAAAAACGUAUGCUGGCUCUCGGAAAAGCCAAUUUAACGAGAAAACAAGGUUGACAAGUCCAGAAGUUCGGACUGCGGCGUCUUCAAAGACUUCACUAGAUUCAGACAGAGCUUCCUUUUCUCCAGAACCAUCAAAAAAAUUAACUGUGUCCAUCCAUUCCAUUUUCAGAUUUUUCAAAAUGGUGAACUGACAGGUUAUAUUGAUGGUAGUGAUGUUAAACUCACAAGCUGGAUGCGAUUCAUUCGUUCUGCUCGACACAAGAGGGAACAAAAUCUAUUUGCGUUUCAGUACUUGGGCAGAAUAUUCUAUCGUGCAUUCAAAGAUAUUCUACCUGGAGAAGAAAUGCUAGUAUGGUACGAUGAAAAAUACCCACAAUACCUUGGAAUUCCAUGGACAAUAUUUGACCUAGCAGCUGCAGUUCCUCCUGGUAGGUGGUCCCAAGGUUACCAUUCUUCGUUCUUUUUUGUGUUAUCUAAUCUGAAGAGAGAUAGCAUUCAGUUUACAUUUUUUUCAAAAUGUGAGUUUUAUCCCCGCUGCAUGAAUAGUAGCCUCAGGCAGCCUCCGUUACCCUUUCUGGGACAGUUUAAGAGGACGAUAAAUCAGAUACCCUGCUGGGUACGAGAGGUUUCCUUUCUCGCGUGCGGCAGGAUGCUUCUGAAGCGGCGGCAGCACGAAGUUACGAGCGGCGAAGCACUGGAAACCGCACAUGACAAGUCUCUUGCACCGAGAAUAUAAAUCCCACGAUAUUCCCCAAAUCGUCCCUUAAAAAAGGCCUGUUACUAGGGUUACGUGUUUGCAGCGUGGUGUUCAUUUGAAUUUCUGAAACGCAAACGCAACGAAGGCGCUCGAAUCAGACCCCGCCCCUCCCACAUAAUUAUAUAUGUCGGUACCUAGCCGGCGUAGCAAGCGUUUCCGCGCGAGUUGGUCGAGGAAGCUGGAACGAUAGCGGAAUAAGUCGUGCGGAAACACUUACUACGCAGGCCUGUCGGCGCCAAGCGAAAGCAAGGAGUCGUAUAUUGAUUCUGGGACAGAUAAUAAGUAGGAGGGAAAAUUUUUGUGCCUAUCACUGGGAGAUUUCUAAAAAACCAAACGCAAAAUCACUUUUCAUAUCAUACAUCAAAUCAUUAAAAGGAAAAAAACCUAUGCUUCAUAUCUCUCAGUUUAAUCUAAGUUAGUAAUUUUACGAAAAAAGAGUGUCAAACCGACUAUAGAGCCAGUACACUCUACAAAAGAAACGGAAACAGCUCAUGUUACAAAAAGUAUCUCUUUGACAACUACUAAUUUAGAAUUUGCUUAAAUUACCUCUUUAGGUACCAGUUCUCGAACCGAUGAAGUCAUAACGGUGUCGCCCGUCGGCAAAAAUGAUCGACCGCUGAACAUAAGCACCCAAGAAUCGAUUUUCCCUCGUCCUCCUCCGUCACUGCUUUCGAAGCCAAGCAGUCCAUGGAAACGAGUGUCAACGUCGAUACAAGUGAAACGCUCUUCUUUACAUCCAUCACAGGACGAAAGACUGUGUUAUAGCAAGUCUGUUGCGAACCUUGGGGAAAAUCCAGUAAAGCAUAUUCAGAAAAAUGGGAAUCCUCCAACAAUUACCAGGAAGUGUAAAUAUUCCUUAUGUAAAAAGAGAACAAGCGCAACAACCAGUUGUUCUCGUGGUAAGAAUGCAAAAUCACCGCAUAGAGCCUACGGUGCCCAGGUCCCACAGAGGCAGUAUCGCAGCACUACCCCCGUAGUCUCGUUUAGAGCAACCAAUCAACAACGUACAUAUGCUUUCAUUCAGGGGAAUGACAGCGGUUACUGCCCAAGGUCUUUCAAUGAUACGGUAACUAUGGAUAACCACAUUUGUUCUCAGAACUCAAGAGGACAAAUAUUUGCCCAUGAAAUGUCUAAACUAAAAAAAUAAGGUCUUUGACCUAUUAAACUUACUACAGAGAUUGAAAUUACGUUUUUUUAGAAUUAGAAAAUCAGCUGUAUCAACUGUAUGUAAAUAGGAGCUAAAGGCAAAAAUAUAAAAAGUUACAUAAGCAACUAAAAUAAGUUUAAGCAAGCUAAGUAGCUACACAAAUCUGUUUUUGUUUUGAAAAAACUCAAGGCACAGUAAUUCACCACGUAAUUUGCGUUAAUUUCUAUUCAAAACACGUAAAGCUAUAGUUUUCUUUAAAAAAGUUAGUACUUAGCGCCUGGCACGUUCCCUGCUAGCAGAGGUCUCUCACGACGAGGCAAAAAUGAGAGAAAGGAGAGAGAGAGACCUCUGCUAGCAGGGAACUGGCACGGAGCAUGCGCGUUUCAUAAGAUAAUGGCAAGAGAUUGAGUCAGGCUUGUCACCAGGGUCUUCUUGUUUUUCAAUAUGGUGGCGAGAAGCCCCUGGCCUGGAGACGAGGGUGGAGAUCGAGUCCCUUGAAGAGCGGAUUAGUUUCACCAUUUGUAGGGACAAAAAACUUGUGAUGUAAAUUUUAUGACGGAUUUUGAAUCUUGUGAAUAUAUGUAUCAUUGCUACCUUUUAUUUGUUACUUCGUGUUUUUCAAUAGUUGAUUUUACGAAUGUCUACUACGCCUUUACUGUUCCUUGGACUAUGUUAGUCAACUAAAGAAAUUAUUCAACAGAAAAUACUGAAAAUAUUCUACAAAAUACGUCUACGAACACACCACCUGAGUACGACCAUAUCAGUAAAUUUUGGUCAAACCACGUCAAGUGUACCUUUAUUGAUUCUAUUAUUUAACAAAUUGUAUGAAUCCGUUAGUCAGUCGCCAGGGGGGUACUCAACAAAAUUUUAGACGGGGAGGCUCCGCCCCGAGGUCCAACCUCUUACCCUUUUAUAGACCAUUUUUUGCAGAAAAGGCACCCCUUUCAUAUACCUUUCACUGACAAAUGGUACCCCUUUCACAUACCUAGUUUAGAAAUUUGCAUCCUUUUUCACUGCUUUAAAUGCACUGCCUUUUAAAUAUGAAUAAAUACAAAACCAGAACGUUUUCUCGGCUUUUUAAAGCCAUAAAAUUCCUCUGUUAGCAACUGAUUUUAGGCACUUUUACAGAACGAAAUGACAGAUUUCUGUACCCUUUCAUAUACUUCAACCAGUGAAAUUCGUACCCUUUCAUAAACCUUAAGCCUUAAAAAAGUUCCCAUUUCGGCUGGGGCCUCCUCGUAUAGGCCAUUAUAGGGAGUACUCCCCAAGGGGGGGUCAGUCGUCGCCACUGCAUGCAUAGUGAGCAGUGGAAAAAGAGAGCGAAGCCAUCUUCAUGAACGCUAUAUACAUGACUCAAGACAAUAAUGCUGAUGAAAUAAGAUAUAAAUAAAAAUAUAAACCGAAUGACUCAAAAUCGCAAAGGCAGCAAGGAUUUUUGACAAAAAUGUCUCAAGCAAUUGACCUUUCUAUAUGGCCCGAGAAAUUUUGCCCCAGUGUCCCUUAUGCAUGAUUACGUCAUGAAAGAAAAAUUCUUGGCAUUUGCACUUGCUGUGCUUGGUUAUUCUAUUCAACUCUACUGCCUGGGGAAUUUUUUUAUGCAAAACUUCGCCACUUUACAAUGGGCCAUUUCCGAGUUCCCCGCGGCCUCUGUUUCAAAACGGGAGUAGGUACUCGGCGUUUGAUAUGGAAAUCAUUUUUCAUUCUCAUUCAUUCUCCUAUUACAUUUGAACUGAACAGAGCUGAGUGACAGUUUACAAAGAAUACUGUCAGAGCGGAGGUCAGAAAAUACCUGCGGGAAAAAAAUCCAGUAAGGAAAAAACUCAACAGGAAAUCUGGGUAGGAUCCAUGGCUCAUGCUCUGAAAAGUUCAUCCUACGAAGACUACACGGCUGGAAGCUCUCUGCCCACAUUUGUUAAGCAUGUAUUCCAACAAGCACGGUAAAUUGGAAAUAAUUAUUCGAAACGAAAACAAGCUCAAACCCUUGCGAAACUCGAACUGUCACUAAUAAAUCAAAUAUAUACUAACAGUAAAUAAAUCAAAAAUAACGUGAGCUAGACGAGGUAUUGGCCUAGAAUGCUUUCCCACGUGAUAAGCAUCCCUUUUAUAGCACUCCAUUCUACCCAUACUACACUUCAACUGAAACCGUCCCAGUAGUACAGUGUAUGGGGGUACGAGCGCAUUUUCCAUGUUUUGGAUUUGACCUUGGGAUCCGACCACCUGGCCACGAGAGUAAACUCAUUUUUAUUGUAUAAUUUUGGAGAAAUUGUAGAUGCAGAGACUAGGAAUGUGUUCAAAUAACUUGAACUAUACUUGCAAAAUACGACAUCACGUCUUUACCACAUUCGACGCACGUAUAAGAAAUGUAAAAUGUAAAAAUAAAAAUGUUCUAGAAGUUUUAAAACGUUUUUAAAAAGUUUUUUUAAACUUCUAGAA